AUGAAGGGCAUCCAAGUCUCCGCCUACGUCUCAGGCCCGUCCGAGCUCCAGGUCGUUGAGCUGCCCACGCCCAAGCCCUGCUCAGACAAAUAUCUUAUAAAGGUACAUGCCGCUGGGACGAACUUCUUCGAUCUGCUCCAGAUCCAAGGCAAAUACCAACAUCAACCGCCCUUACCAUGGAUCGCCGGCAUGGAGUUUGCGGGAGUUGUGCUCGCCACACCCACUGACAAGAAAGCAACGGGCAGCACUGUGGCGUCAGAUCUGUCAGGGAGCAUCAGCACACAGACCUCACAUCGGUUCAAGGUUGGCGACCGAGUAUUUGGCGCCAUGCACGGCGCAUACAGUACACAUAUCCUGGCACCUGAGGCUACACUGUUUCCCAUACCGGCUGGCUGGACUUUCGCCGAUGCUUGUGGCAUUUACGUGACUUGCCCAACGAGCUACGGUGCUUUAGUCACUCGGGCAAACCUGCAACCUGGCGAAUGGUGUUUGGUGCAUGCCGGAGCCGGUGGUGUCGGUCUGGCCGCCGUGCAAAUUGCGAAAGCCCUAGGUGCUACAGUCAUUGCAACGGCUGGAAGUGAAAGAAAGCGACAGGUCUGCCUGGAGUAUGGCGCGGACUACGUGAUUGACUACCGGGACAAGGCCUGGCCCCAGAAGGUGAUCGAACUGGCAAAGAAGCACAGAACGGGCAAUGGACAGGCUGGUGUCGAUGUUGUUUAUGAUCCUGUUGGCAUGAUCGACCCCUCGAUAAAAUGCAUUACCUGGAAUGGUCGAUUACUGGUCGUCGGAUUCACGUCCGGAACCAUCGAAAAGCUAGCGUUGAACAGAGUGCUCUUGAAGAACAUCUCGAUCGUCGGAAUACAUUGGGGCAUGUACGCCACAAAGGAACCAGAAACGCCGCCAAAGGUCUGGCAGGGUAUCUUCGACCUGAUCAAAGCUGGGAAAUUUAGGCCGAUCACCUACACCGACAGGAAAUACAAAGGGCUUGAGAGCACUCCAGCAGCCUUGGUAGACUUGGGCAGCAGAGCGACAUGGGGCAAGGUGACUGUGGAGAUCAGUGACGAGCAAGAGGCGCGGAGUAAGCUAUGA